CGAAACUGGAACUAGAAAUGAAGAACGUGGGUGAGGUCGAAUGGCCUCACGUCCCUCUUUUGUAGGCAAAAGAGGGCAUGUGAAGCAGGGGCUGGCGGUGUCGCUCGAUGGAGAGCUGGUGAUGUCUGGGCGAUGGAGCGGCGGACGCGUCUUGGAUGCGUGUGGAUGCCGCAAGGAGCUGGUCCUGCGCAAUGCACGUAAGGGAUAUGGCGGAUACUGUGGCCUGAUUGUUGAGGGCAUAGACAAGGUAGAGCGCUAGAGUGGUGUCUGUGGCAGGCAGGCAGCUCAGCUUGACCUUCGUGCAAAAGGAGCGGAACUUGAGCCAAUACGGCUCGUAGGUCCUUAUGGUGGAUGGCGCGCGGACAUGACUGAUUACCCGAAGUAGCUGUGUCUGUAGUUUUGAUAAUAAGCCUGAAAUACAGAG